AUGAGCUCCACUCCAACACCAAUGUUCAACGCAGACGAUACCCCAGUACAAGACGCCGCUGAAGACGUCAGAAUUCUAGGUUACGACCCAUUGGUCUCUCCAGCACUACUUCAAGUGCAAAUUCCAGCCACUGAAAAGUGUAUCGAAACCGCCAAGAAGGGUAGAAGAGAAUCCAUCGAAAUCAUCUCCGGAAGAGAUGACAGAGUGCUAGUCAUUGUCGGUCCAUGUUCCAUUCACGAUUUGGAUGCCGCUCAAGAAUACGCUCUUAAAUUGAAGAAAUUAGCGGAUGAAUUGUCACAAGAUUUAGUCGUCAUCAUGAGAGCAUACUUGGAAAAACCAAGAACCACCGUCGGUUGGAAGGGUCUAAUCAAUGAUCCUGAUGUCAAUAACACUUUCAACAUCAACAAGGGUUUGCAAUCCGCUAGACAAUUGUUCGUCAACUUGACUAACAUUGGUCUACCAAUUGGUUCCGAAAUGCUAGAUACCAUCUCUCCACAAUACUUGGCUGAUUUGUUGUCUUUCGGGGCCAUCGGUGCAAGAACCACUGAAUCUCAACUUCAUAGAGAGUUGGCCUCCGGUUUGUCCUUCCCAAUCGGGUUCAAGAACGGUACUGACGGUACUCUAGGUGUCGCCGUCGAUGCUUGUCAAGCCGCUUCUCAUUCUCAUCAUUUCAUGGGUGUCACCAAGCAUGGUGUCGCUGCCAUCACCACUACAAAGGGUAAUGAACAUUGUUUCGUCAUUCUAAGAGGGGGUAAGAAGGGUACCAACUACGAUGCCAAGUCUGUCGCUGAAGCUAAGGCUCAAUUGCCAGCUGGUUCCAACGGGUUGAUGAUCGAUUACUCUCAUGGUAACUCCAAUAAGGAUUUCAGAAACCAACCAAAGGUUAAUGACGCCGUCUGUGAACAAAUUGCUAACGGUGAAAACGCCAUCAUCGGUGUCAUGAUCGAAUCUAACAUCAACGAAGGUAGCCAAAAGAUCCCACCUGAAGGUAAGGCUGGUUUGAAAUACGGUGUCUCCAUUACUGAUGCUUGUAUAAGUUUCGAAACCACUGAAGACGUCUUGAAAAAGUUGGCCGCCGCUGUCAGACAAAGAAGAGAAGUCAACAAGCAAAAGGCUUAA